AGCUGGCCCUGAAGUUCUCUACAGCAGCAGCAGCAACCAGAGAACCAGGCUCCCAGCAGUCCAGCCCUCCCGUCCAGAUCUGCCUGACAGGACUCACCUCCCGGGUGGCCACUGACCAGUCUGCCCCAGGAUGGGGACCAUGUCCGGAGCAGCCUUGGUCUUGGCCUGUUUGGCUGUUGCUCUUCUAGCCUCUGAGGGAGGUUUCAAGACUUCAGGCCAGAGGGAGCUGGGGCCAGAGUACCUUCAGGAAGUUGGCUAUGCAGCACCCCCUUCCCCACCCCUGACACGAGCCCACCCCGUGGACCACCCUGACACCGCUGAGCAUGGCCCUCACUUUGAGGAAAAGAGUGAAGUGCCGCCCCCUCCCUCUCUGGAAGAUGGCUUUGCCCAAGUGGAGGAGCUGUUUUCUCCCCAGCUCCUUCUGGAAGCAGGAUCCUUCUCCCUCUCGGAAAGCCAUGCAGCGGAUCCCUCUCUCCCGCAGAAAGCCAUCCCUGUGCAAGAAGAGCUGCCCUCCUCCCAGCUCCCUAUUGAACAGAAGGAAGUAGACUCACAUGUGCCACAACAGGAGGAAACGAUCAACCAGAAGGAGGAGAAGCCAGGGCACGUGUCUUUGAGUCCAACCUCACACUGCCAACAGGGCCGAUCCCAAGGGAGCUGGGGCCACCGGCUGGACGGUUUCCCCCCUGGGCGGCCUUCUUCCGACAAUCUGGACCAGAUCUGCCUUCCCACUCGUCAGCAUGUGGUGUACGGGCCGUGGAACCUGCCCCAGUCUGGCUACUCUCACCUUAGUCGCCAGGGUGAGACCCUCAAUAUGCUGGAGACUGGAUACUCCCGCUGCUGCCGCUGUCGCAGCUACAUAGAACGCAUGGACUGUGCAAAACUUGUGUGGGAGGACGCAAUGACCCGGUUCUGUGAGGCCGAGUUCUCGGUCAAGACCCGAGCCCACUGGUGCUGCAAAAAGCAGGGGGAGGCUCGAUUCUCCUGCUUCCAGGAGGAAGCUCCCCAGCCGCACUACAAGCUCCGGGACUGCCCCAGCCUCCAGCCUGUUAUUUUAUCGGGCCUCGAGCUGCCUUUCCCCCCUGGGGUACCAACGCUGGACAAUAUCAAGAUCAUCUGCCACCUAAGACGCUUCCGCUCUGUGCCACGCAACCUCCCACCUACUGACUCCCUCCAAAGGCAGCUGCAGGUUCUGACCCGGCUAGAGGGGGCGUUCCAGCGCUGCUGCCGGCAGGGGAACAACCACACCUGUGCGUGGAGGGCUUGGGAGGAGACCCUUGAUGGAUACUGUGAGCAGGAACACGGUAUAAAGACCCACCCCCACCCAUGCUGCCACCACCCUCCCAGCCCCGACCGCGACAACUGCUUUGCCGACAGCGCUCCCUACCCCAACUAUGACCGGGAUCUCUUGACCAUUGACCUCAGCCGAGUCACCCCCAACCUCAUGGACCAUCUUUGUGGAAACCAAAGGGUUCUCACCAAGCAUAAACAGAUUCCUGGGCUAAUCCGGAACAUGACUGCCCGUUGCUGUGACCUGCCACUUCCAGAGCAAGCCUGCUGUGCCGAGGAGGAGAAAUCAGCCUACAUCAGUGACCUGUGUGGUGAACAGAGAAGCAUCUGGCGAGACCUUGCAUUCUGCUGUAAACUGAGUCCUGGGGAUGAACAGAUCAACUGCUUCAACAUUAAUUAUCUGAAGAAUGUGGCUCUAGUGGCUGGAGACAGUGAGGAUGACAAGGGCCAGAGGAAGCAGAACCCAACUCAGGGAACAAAUACCAGUCCCAGCCCUUGAGCCCAAGGAAGAAUGAGUCACCCCAGAGCUUUGGAGGAUCAGACUGGGGGAACCCCACCCCACCCUCCUGGAACACACAGUAAACACCUCUGGGAUUUGGCAUGCUCAUUGUCUGUAAUGUCUCACAUACAAACACACCCUCCUAAGCCAGCCUGCUGGGGUUUUCUUCAGUGACUGGACCCUGAGGCCCACUGCCCUGCCCUUACUGACUGAGCAGUCAUUCCACAGGCUGUGAUGGAACCAUAAAUAAAUGGCUUCAAUUCA